GAUGGAUUUUGCAAUUGGCCCUGUCCCAAAUGGCGCACUUCAUGUGGACUUUCGGUCUUGUGGCCUUAAAUUGCGCGUUCUCGCUUAGUCUACGAGUCCGUAGGGUGUCCCAUCUGUCAUUUUUACGCUUUGAAGUGUGCUCAUCAGCGCCUCCUUUGCCCCCUUGAUGCGGUCUUCAGCGAAGCCCGCACUGCAGCAGGCUUCGCGCACUUUGCCAACCCAGAAGUCCUUGCGAAAGGGCAAUCAGACCAAUCAGGCGACGAAAGGGAGGACUUCACACUGACGGGCAACAUCUCUACCUAUUUCCGGUGUGAUGCUCGAGUCUGUCCCAAAAUACAACUCCGGUGCACCCACGUGGACUCGCAUCAAGGGUCCCUAAAGUCUGGACUACGUGAUGUCAUCAAAGUGUGGACUCUGAGGAGGACCACAAGUCCGGAGUGUGUCAUUUGGGACAGGGCCAACGAGACACCUUGGCCGACUCCCUGAUCAGUGCCCUGACUACUGAACAAGGGAGCUGAUUUGAGACACACGGACUGAUUAAAUUGCCAAAGAUUCAUUUUCAUUAUAAAGAAGAUGGCAGAUACACUACACCAAAAUUGCCAACAUGUAAACUUAAUAAUGCACAGCUAGGGCUAAACCAUUAUCCACGAGUUAACAUGCUUGGAAUGACGUUGAUAUUAGGAAACUUUAGUAAAGGUCUGCAUCGUUUAACCGUUCAGUAAAGGCGCGUCCGAGGAUCCGACACGGGUCCGUUCAGGAUCCACUGUUUGACAGUAGAAUUUACGGCGCUGAUCCUCUGUGCGGCUCCAAAACGAAUGUGACAGUCACGCGGGUUUGGCGACUUGAACGCGGAUCCGCAUAGGAGUCUCCUGCUGUGUGGGAUACUUUUUUCUGUCAAGUAAAAGAUGGAGUUAAUUAUGUAUUUGUUAUAAUUAUAACUAUGGCAAGUCACAAAUGUACACAAGAGGGCGCUAUAGCAUCACAGUUUAAUUUUUGUGCUUUUACAUCUGAAACUAGACAUGCAUAGAAUUUUUUUAAUGUGUUUGAUAAAUAUUUAGAAGAAAUGUUUUAAUGCCAUUCAUUUAAAAAAAAUUUUUUAAAAACAUUACUGAUGUUUGAUGUUCUGUGAUUAAACGUAUGUGACUUUGAUGUUUUAAAUGUGAAAAGUUCUUGUGGGGGAAUAGGGGGGCAAGAUCCAGAACAACAGGUCUAAAAAGAUCCUGUGACAUACCAAUCGGAACAAUAGCUAUGAAUGCUUCAUCUAGAAGGAACUGUUUUCAAAAAGAUUGGACAAUCGAUAGGAGAAACAGAAAGAGAUCAAACAAUUUCCAGGUAGUAUGGACUGCAGUCUUCCUACCAAGGUGGAAAACAAGUGGACAAAUGACAUACCCAUACUAUGAAAUGUCUCACUGCACAUGACACUAGAAACAAUAAUAAUUAUUAAAAUUGAUACUAAAUUAUAUUUAGUGCAUUUGGAGACAGAUUCAUCUAAAAUUAAAUGAAAAAAGUACAAUGGUGGGUUAAGCCAUGCAGUGUUUGGUCCAUAUUGCUGCAAAAACGUAAAUUAAUGACAUUUUUUUUCUUUUUCUUCUGUCAAAAGAUGUCUGUGUGAGGAAGAACAGUUGUGUUAGUAGUCAGUUUUUAUGUAUUGUGCAUAAAUAAAUAUUGUGCAUAAGCUAAAUAUAUUUUAUGUUGUGUCUGUGGCAGCGCCUAAAUAUGAUGCCUAAAAAAUUAUGACAAGUUAUGUUGUCUUGGUAAUGUCAAGUUUUCAUAACAAAGACAUAUCAAACAAUGUCAUCUCUGCAUUAAAAAUGACAUAAUUGAGCGAAUGUCACUUAAUGAUAGUUGUCAUAAAUGUGAAUAAAAUCUUCUUUAUGUUCAUGACACGUGUCAUGUCAUGAUUAUGAACACCCCUUCAAGUAAAGAGUUACCUAAAGGGUUAGUGCACUUUUUUUCACCUGGGUUACAGUGUCUAAUAAGUAAAUAGAAAUUUACUGGACUUAGAGUUCCAAAUUUAUUGUUGGCUUGUAAACUUGUUUUAUUAUAUAUCAUAUAUCAAAGGUUUAGUGUCAUGUUUCUCUUAGAGCCUAGCCUUUUAAUUCCCAUAGUUUCUUUUGUGUUAUCUCAUGUUACGGAGGGUACUAACAGGUUAAGUGGACAGGUGACACUAAAUCAAUUGCUAUUAAAUUCUAAGACCCAAAGAUUAUUGUGGCUUUUCAUUUCAUUCACUGCUGGUCUCAAAAGGAACAAGGAGAGGUUGGUGGCAAAAUACUUUUAUAAAAUGUCUGAGGCAAUAUAGAGUAGUCUACAUACUACAUCUUCAGAACAUGAACAUGAAGUUGAACACAGUUUUGUCUGUUACUCUAGCUGUACUUCUCAAUCUAACAGGCUCUUUCUGUCAGCUAGAUGUGUGUGGCCAAGCACCUCUUAACACAAAAUUUAUUGGAGAGAAGGAUGCGAAUGCAGGGUCUUGGCCCUGGCAAGUAAGCAUUAACGAAAUCAGCUAUCAAAACCAUUUCUGUGGUGGGAGUCUCAUCAAUAAAGACUGGGUUUUGUCUGCAGCUCACUGUUUCCAAAGCAUCGGCAUGCCAGACAUUGUAAUCUACUUGGGACGUCAGAACCAGCAAGGCCCAAACCCGCUUGAGAUAAACAGAACAGUGAUUCAACUCAUCAUUCAUCCUAACUAUGACCCAGAUACUCAAGACAAUGACAUAGCACUGCUUCAGCUCUCAUCUUCUGUGAAUUUCACCGAUUAUAUUAAACCAGUCUGUCUGGCUGCUGCUGGGAGUGAAUUUGAUGAAGGACUUUCAAGUUGGGUGACAGGAUGGGGGGCCUCUCUAGAAAAAAUAUUUCCUGACAUGUUUCAGCAAGCAGAGAUUCCAAUUGUGAGCAACAAUGACUGCAAUAUUGGCUAUAAUGGUAUUGUGACAGAUAACAUGCUGUGUGCUGGACUGUUGAAUGAUGAAGGAGAAAGCCCAUGUCAGUAUGAUGCUGGAGGGCCACUGGUCAGUAAGCAGGGCUCCAGAUGGAUUCAGUCCGGAAUUGUGAGUUUUAAUCAAGGCUGUUUGGAACUCACAUUCCCUAGUGUGUUCACCAGAGUCUCUCAGUAUCAGGACUGGAUCAACAUUUACACAGUCAACAACCAGCCUGGAUUUGUUACAUUCCCUGAUGAUUACGAUUAUGCUCUAGAUCCCAUUUCUAAUAUAACUAGUAUUUUCAGUGGAAGCUCAACCAGCCUUUACUUACCACUUAACCACACAUUCUCUAUUGCCACUUUCAUCUUUUGUUUCCUUAUUCAAAUGUUGUCUGAGUCAUCAUAAUAUUUGGUUAUGGUUAUUUGAGAAACAUAAAGCACAGAUAAAUGGGUGAUGCUGGUGAUUGUUCUUGUAUUUGUCCUUUCUUUGUAUUUGUUUCUUUCGGUUUCCUCAUAUUCGUCCUUUUAAAAAAAAACUUACUCAAAAUGAAACUUAACAUUUUGGGCUUACCAUAUUGGUUACAGAGACAAACACCAGCCAACAGUUCAAACGAAUAUUGAUACACAAAACUUCUGGAGGUGUGUAGAUCCCAAAAAAAUUCAAAAGAUCAUCUGUCCAUGUGAAAAACAAUAUGCAAGACUAAUAGACAAAUUAAGGCACGUAUUAUUGAACAUAUAAGUGCAAUUAGAAGACCAGAAAUCUCCUGUUGCUCGCACUUUAACGAAAUGUCCAAUACAAUAUCAGAUUUAAACUUUGUAGUUAUUGAGCACAUAACAAAAUCACAUAGAGGUGGUAAUAUAGAGUGGAGACUUUACAGAGUGAUGGAUCUUUGAUCUUAGAUACUUAUAUCCUCUAGGUAUAAAUGGUUUCAGCAGUAAAAAUUAGUGAUGCACCGAUGUGAAAAUUUUGGCCGAUACCGAUAAGACUCUUGUCUGUUAUGCCCGAUACCGGUAUUUGCCGCUGUAUAGAAAACACAUUUUUAUGAUAAUCAAA